AUGACGAGAAAAGAAUUCUUCAUUCUUCUGACGCUCUGUGCUAUUGUAUUGGCCAGUGAUGGUGAAGAUAACGAACAAAAGAAAAGGGGUGCAUCAAAAACAAGCGGUCUCAACGCGAUUCCAACAGGAUCACAAAAACCUGACUACACUUACAACUUAUAUUCCCAAACUUCAGGACCAAGUAGCCCUAGUCAAACGUACCAGCCUUCUUCAUUUUAUCCUAACCAAGCACCCAGUCAAUAUUUCACACCUUCAAACAAUGAUUUACCAGCAUCAAACCCGUCAAAUAACCAAGCACUUAACCAACAAACUCAUUCGCAAUUUGUUCCGAUAAAUUUAACACCAAAUAAUGGCUAUCAAUCAAAGUAUCAAUUUGUGCCUCAGAGGCUAGUUGGAAAUGUGCAAUUAGCUAUAAUGCAGCAACCUACACUUCAACCUUCUAUCUUGCAAUAUCCUCAUUCCUUCUUCUCAAAUCCUACUAACCAUUUAACACCAGGUCUGUUAGGUCAAGGGCAUCUUAGUUUCGGGCCUUCCUUCCAAACUCUACCCGCUGGACAUAUCAUUAGUCAACCGUCUAUGAUAGUUUUGCCUCAGCCACAUGCUCCUCUAUAUAACAACUUAGUGUACCCUAACCCUGCUCAAUACUUAUACAAUUAUAAUCCUGCCCUUUCCCAGCCAAAAUUCGGCUAUUCCUCUUUUUCUCCUUCCACUUCCAAUGACGCGCAAUCUGUAUCAAAAGGUUUAGUGAAAGAUGAUAGUGGUACAUCACAAAAUAGCGAGUACCUUUCACCAGACUCCAAUUCAUACAAGCAUACAUUUACAAGUCGCAGUACAUACCCAAAGAAAUAA